CGCCGCACCGCGCGGCUCGGCCUCAUGCCGGCCCCCCGCCCCCGGGACUGAGCGCUGCGCCCCGCCGAACCGGGCACGGCCAUCGCAGAACAGCCACUGGUAGCAGGACCCACCCCUGGCCAGCGCGAUGGCGGGAGCAUCAGUGAAGGUGGCGGUGCGCGUCCGGCCCUUCAACUCCCGGGAGAUGAGCCGGGAAUCCAAAUGCAUCAUCCAGAUGUCAGGAAGCACCACUACUAUCCUGAACCCGAAGCAGCCUAAAGAGACACCAAAAAGCUUCAGCUUUGACUAUUCCUACUGGUCCCACACUACGCCUGCAGACAUCAACUAUGCAUCCCAGAAGCAAGUGUACCGGGACAUUGGUGAGGAGAUGCUGCAACAUGCCUUUGAAGGCUACAAUGUGUGCAUCUUUGCCUACGGGCAGACGGGAGCUGGAAAAUCCUACACCAUGAUGGGGAAGCAGGAGAAGGACCAGCAAGGCAUCAUCCCACAGCUGUGCGAGGACCUCUUCUCCCGCAUCAACGACACGACGAAUGACAACAUGUCCUACUCUGUGGAGGUGAGCUACAUGGAGAUUUACUGCGAGCGCGUGAGGGACCUCCUGAACCCCAAGAACAAGGGGAACCUGCGGGUGAGGGAGCAUCCCCUUAUGGGCCCGUAUGUUGAAGACCUUUCCAAGCUGGCCGUGACCUCCUACAAUGACAUCCAGGACCUCAUGGACUCUGGAAACAAGGCCCGCACAGUGGCUGCUACCAACAUGAAUGAGACCAGCAGCCGCUCCCACGCCGUGUUCAACAUCAUCUUCACGCAGAAGCGACAUGAUGCUGAGACAGACAUCACCACUGAAAAGGUCAGCAAAAUCAGCUUGGUGGACCUGGCUGGGAGCGAGCGAGCCGACUCCACAGGCGCCAAGGGCACAAGGCUGAAGGAAGGAGCAAACAUCAACAAGUCCUUGACCACUCUGGGGAAAGUCAUCUCUGCCCUGGCUGAAAUGGAUUCGGGGCCAAACAAGAACAAAAAGAAGAAAAAGACGGAUUUCAUCCCAUACCGGGACUCGGUGCUGACCUGGCUGCUGCGGGAGAACCUGGGGGGCAACUCCAGGACUGCCAUGGUCGCUGCUCUCAGUCCUGCUGACAUCAACUAUGAUGAGACCCUCAGCACCCUCAGGUAUGCCGACCGCGCCAAGCAGAUCCGUUGCAACGCUGUCAUCAAUGAGGACCCCAACAACAAGCUCAUCCGGGAGCUGAAGGAUGAGGUGGCACGUCUGCGUGACCUUCUCUAUGCCCAGGGUCUUGGGGACAUCAUUGACACCCAUCCUGCUGCAGGAGGAUCCAAAUAUUUGUCCGACUUUGAGAACAAUAAUGAUGCUAGAGGGGCAGAGCUGAGUCACCGCCAUGACAAUCUCUCCACAGUGACCAAUGCCAUUGCUGGGAUCAGCCCCUCUUCCUCCCUGUCUGCCUUAUCCAGCCGUGCUGCCUCUGUUGCCAGCCUCCACGAGCGCAUCAUGUUUGCUCCGGGCAGUGAAGAGGCAAUUGAAAGACUCAAGGAAACAGAGAAGAUCAUUGCGGAGCUGAAUGAGACGUGGGAGGAGAAGCUGCGGAGGACAGAAGCAAUCCGGAUGGAGAGGGAAGCGUUGCUGGCCGAAAUGGGGGUGGCCAUGAGGGAGGAUGGAGGCACCUUGGGUGUUUUCUCUCCUAAAAAGACACCACACUUGGUCAACCUGAAUGAGGAUCCACUCAUGUCCGAAUGUCUCCUCUACUACAUCAAGGAUGGGAUAACAAGGGUUGGCCGGGAAGAUCACCGCGGUCGUGCCCUGAGCGGUGACCUGGGAUCCCGGCCGCUGCCGGCCACGCCAGCCGUGCCUGGGGACCUGCGGGUGGGAGCAGUGACCAUUCUCCCCCUUUGUUGUGUGUCCCCCCCCUUCUCUGGCAGGGCCUUCGUCUACCUGAGCAACCUCCUCUACCCUGUGCCCCUGGUCCACCGCGUGGCCAUCGUCAGCGAGAAGGGUGAGGUGAAGGGCUUCCUGCGCGUGGCCGUCCAGGCCAUCUCAGCGGAUGAAGAAGCCCCUGACUACGGCUCUGGUGUACGGCAAUCGGGGACAGCCAAGAUCUCCUUUGAUGAUCAGCACUUUGAGAAGUUCCAGUCAGAGUCGUGCCCGUCUGUGGGGAUGUCUCGCUCGGGGACCUCUCAGGAGGAGCUGCGCAUUGUUGAAGGCCAGGGGCAGGUCAGCGACUUGGGUCCCUCUGCUGAUGAAGUCAACAACAACACCUGCGCAGUGACCCCAGAGGACCUUCUCCUGGACAGCCCUGAGAAGCCUGUGCCAGAUGGGCCGCUGGAGGUGGCUCUGGACCACCUGAAGCUGGGCAGCAUCUUCACUUUCCGUGUGACGGUCCUGCAAGCCUCCAGCAUCUCUGCAGAAUACGCAGACAUCUUCUGCCAGUUCAACUUCAUCCAUCGCCACGAUGAGGCCUUUUCGACAGAACCCUUGAAGAACACGGGACGAGGACCACCACUGGGCUUCUAUCACGUCCAAAAUAUCGCUGUGGAGGUGACCAAAUCCUUCAUCGAAUACAUCAAGAGCCAGCCAAUUGUGUUUGAGGUGUUUGGCCACUACCAGCAGCACCCCUUCCCGCCUCUCUGCAAGGACGUCCUGAGCCCACUGAGGCCGUCCCGGCGCCACUUCCCCCGUGUGAUGCCGCUCUCCAAACCAGUGCCUGCAACAAAGCUGAGCACCAUGACUCGGCCCAGUGCCGGCCCCUGCCAGUGCAAGUACGACCUGAUGGUCUUCUUUGAGAUUUGUGAGCUGGAGGCCAAUGGCGACUACAUCCCUGCUGUUGUGGACCAUCGUGGAGGCAUGCCAUGCCAUGGGACCUUCCUCCUCCACCAGGGCAUCCAGAGGAGAAUCACCGUCACCUUGGUGCAUGAAACAGGCAGCCUCAUCCGCUGGAAGGAAGUGCGGGAGCUGGUUGUGGGUCGAAUUCGGAACACCCCAGAAGCAGACGAGUCACUCAUUGACCCCAACAUCCUGUCCCUGAACAUCCUCUCCUCCGGGUACAUCCACCCCUCCCAGGAUGACCGGCAGUUUCUUGAUUCGGAUAUGCCUAGGACUUUCUACCAGUUUGAGGCGGCGUGGGACAGCUCCAUGCACAACUCGCUGCUGCUCAACCGUGUCACCCCGUACAGGGAGAAGAUCUAUAUCACCCUGUCAGCCUACAUCGAGAUGGAGAACUGUACUCAGCCCGCCGUCAUCACCAAAGACUUCUGUAUGGUUUUCUACUCCCGGGAUGCCAAACUUCCUGCCUCCCGCUCCAUCCGCAAUCUUUUUGGCAGCGGCAGCCUGCGGGCUUCUGAGAGCAAUCGUGUGACCGGAGUCUAUGAGCUCAGCCUCUGCCGUGUGGCCGAUGCCGGCAGCCCAGGGAUGCAGAGACGGCGACGGCGUGUUCUGGACACCUCCGUUGCCUACGUGCGGGGAGAGGAGAACCUGGCUGGCUGGCGGCCCCGCAGUGACAGCCUCAUCCUUGACCAUCAGUGGGAGCUGGAGAAACUCAGCCUCCUGCAAGAAGUGGAGAAGACAAGGCACUACCUGCUACUGCGUGAGAAGCUGGAGACGACCCAGCGCCUGGGUCUGGAGACCUUGUCCCCCUGCUCCGGUGAGGACUCUGAGUCCCGAAGCACCUCCUGCGUCUCCUCCCCACUCUCUGCCGACGGGGCCCCUGAGGGCCGCACCUCACCCCCUGAAACCCCCAGCGAGAGGCAGAAGGAGCUGGCUGUGAAGUGCUUGCGCCUGCUCACGCACACCUUCAACAGGGAGUACAGCCACAGCCAUGUCUGCAUUAGCGCCAGUGAGAGCAAGCUGUCUGAAAUGUCCGUGACCUUGAUGAGAGACCCCUCCAUGUCAGCUCUUGGGGUCACCACUCUCACCCCCUCCUCGACCUGCCCAUCACUGGUGGAAGGACGUUACAAUGCCACGGAGGUCAGACCCCAGCAGGUUUCCUCCAGGGCAGACAGCCCUGACCUGGAGCCUGUGGUAGAAGGAGAGCAGAAGAAGUCCCCAGCCCGCCGACCUGAGGAGGAGAAGGAGCCCCAGCGUUUGCUGGUGCCUGACAUCCAGGAGAUCCGAGUCAGCCCCAUCGUCUCCAAAAAGGGCUACCUGCACUUCCUGGAGCCCCACACCAAUGGGUGGGUGAAGCGCUUCGUGGUGGUUCGGCGCCCAUACGUCUACAUCUACAACUCAGACAAGGAUGCAGUUGAGAGGGCCAUACUCAACCUCUCCAAGGCCCAAGUGGAGUACAGUGAGGACCAGCAGGCCAUGCUCAAGACCCCGAACACGUUUGCGGUGUGCACGGAGCACAGGGGCAUCCUGCUGCAGGCGAGCAGUGACAAAGACAUGCACGACUGGCUCUACGCCUUCAACCCUCUCCUGGCUGGAUCCAUAAGAUCCAAGCUGUCCAGAAGGAGAACAGCCCAGAUGAGAAUCUAACCUGAAAAACACCUUCCACCUCAUCCGUCUGCCAACAGGAUCAAGAUAGCUGAUUCUGUCUGAAGACUCCCCAUGUUAAUGUCUGAUCUCUCACACCAUCUGCUGCCCCAGCUCUCUGCUCCAUGGAAGGAUCUGUCUCGAUUCACACCUUCACAGGGGAAACUCACUUCCGUUUGUAGCUGCAAAAGCCUGGACCUGCCUGGGCAGGAUUCCUUGUGCUCGUGCCAUCUUCUGCCUGUCCUCCCAUGGGUGACCUUCAUAUCACACCAUCUAACGCUCCAAAAAGGUCCCUGUCAGAGGGGAGGGAGUGAGGAGGGUAGUUUUGGCUAAAAGCUGGUCUUUGAUCUACAGAGGUGGGAAUUCAGUAAAGCUCAGAGGUGGGAGAGCAGGAGGAAUUGCCCCCAGGCAAAGGGAAAGUGGUAGUUUAGGACUUCCUAAUUAA